UCUGGCCUUGGCGUGUAGCGCGCUGCUGCUGCUGCUAGUUGUCGGAGUGUGCUGUCUGCAGGACUUGGUUAACGUUACCUCGCUGGUGGUCCUAUCCGACAAGUCGGCUUCUUCCCCGAGAAUCGUUACAGCGGAGCCGUGGCACAAUGCUGAAAUGUAGAACUGUGUGGAAAAAGCUUGCACCUCUAGCUAGAGCCUCAUCAACUGUGUGCCGGCAGAAUGUGAGAAGAGCAGGGUUGAACAAUGGCAGACUAGUGCAUCCACCAGCAGCUCACAUGUCCACCGGGCCUGCAGGGGGAGGAGGAGGGGAAAACCAGCUAUACAUUGCCCUAGUUGGAGCAGCCUGCCUUGCUGGAGGAAUAUAUGCGUACCGAACUGUCAAGGGAGACCAACGAAGAUAUGAGGAACGUAUGGCAGAACUUGCAUCCAGAUCACAUAAAGCAGCCGCACAAAAAACAGCCGUACCCACCGAGUCAGGGCCUCCUGCUGUUCCUGAGCCAGAACCUUCACCGAGCCCCCCGGCCCCUGAUACUGAAGCAGCGGCCCCCAGUGAAACAACUGAACCACUCCCAGCAGAUGAGCCUAUGGUAGAAGCAUCCUCUGAAGAAGCAGCAGAGCCACCUGCUGCACCUGUAGUUGAGGAGGAGCCAGCACCCCCAUCUGAACUCUCCCCAGUUGAGCUUACAGAGCCACCCCCUGCACCUGUUGUGGAGAGUGAACCAGCAGCAGCAGCAGAAACCCCCGCAGCAGAGCCAGCCGAGCCUCAGCCCGAAGUUGUGGCAGAGAGUGCAGGAGACUCCACACCAGCCUCUGCCAAGGUCCCCCCACACACCCCGUACCUCCUUAUUGGUGGGGGCACCGCCUCCUUCGCUGCUGCCCGGUCUAUUCGAGCCAGAGACCCUGGGGCCAAGGUAUUAAUUGUGACUGAUGAGCCCGACCUUCCAUACAUGAGGCCACCUCUUUCGAAGGAACUGUGGUUCUCUGAUGACCCUAGUGUAACAGAAACGCUGCGUUUCAAACAGUGGAAUGGAAAGGAAAGGAGUAUCUACUUCCAGCCACCAUCAUUCUACAUUCAUCCAGAGGAAUUGGAUAGUGCAGAAAAUGGGGGAGUGGCUGUUCUCACAGGCAAAAAGGUGAUUCACAUGGAUGUGAGAGGAAACAAAGUAAAACUGGACGAUGAUACUGAGAUUUCCUACGACAAGUGUUUGAUUGCUACAGGCGGCGUGCCAAGAAAUCUACAGGCCAUUGAAAGAGCAGGAGAGGAGGUGAUGAAGAGAACAACUUUGUUCCGCAAGAUUGAUGACUUCAAAUCAUUGGACAAGGUCUCCAGAAAUAUCAAGUCCAUCACAAUCAUUGGAGGCGGCUUCUUGGGCAGCGAGCUGGCCUGUGCCCUCGGCAGGAGAUCAACCGAGUCUGGUCUGGAGGUGAUACAGAUGUUCCCUGAGAAGGGCAACAUGGGAAAAGUGCUGCCUGAGUAUUUGAGCAACUGGACAACCGAAAAAGUCAAGAAAGAGGGUGUUAAAAUCAUCUCAGAAGCUUUGGUGAAAUCUGUGACCUGUAAAGAUGAUAAGUUAGAAAUCCAGCUGAAGGAUGGCCGAUUGGUGAAAACUGACCACAUUGUCGCAGCUGUUGGCUUGGAGCCCAAUGUUGACCUUGCUAAGUCAGCCGGUCUGGAGGUGGACUCUGACUUUGGCGGUUAUCGGGUCAAUGCAGAGCUGCAAGCGAGGUCCAAUAUCUGGGUGGCAGGAGAUGCUGCAUGUUUCUAUGACAUCAGACUGGGCCGCAGGCGAGUGGAGCACCACGACCACGCUGUUGUGAGUGGUAGACUAGCAGGAGAGAACAUGACCGGAGCCAGCAAACCCUACUGGCAUCAGUCUAUGUUCUGGAGUGACCUGGGUCCAGAUGUAGGCUAUGAAGCCAUUGGGAUUGUUGACAGCAGCCUGCCAACCGUAGGAGUGUUUGCUAAAGCCACUGCCAAGGACACACCUAAAGCAGCUACAGAGAAGUCAGGAACUGGGAUUCGCUCUGAAAGUGAAACAGAGGACACAGCCAUCAGCCCAGUGGCCUCUUCAACACCUGCUCCAGCUGAGGAGCAGCACAAAGACAACUAUGGGAAAGGAGUCAUCUUCUACCUGCGAGACAAGGUGGUGGUGGGCAUCAUCCUGUGGAAUGUGUUCAACAGAAUGCCCAUCGCAAGGAAGAUUAUCAAGGAUGGAGAGGAACAUGCAGACCUGAACGAAGUGGCCAAGCUGUUCAACAUCCAUGAGGAUUAAGAUGGCGGAGGCUGACACUCAUUAUGGGACGGGAGAUACGCCUCGUGCGAAGACUGAAUUUUGGCAGCCAUUGCCACAAACUAUAAGACACAACUGAUCACGCAAGAUGGGAAGUUCAAUGUAAAUUAUGUCAUGUCGCUGAAAUAUUUUCAUAUUUGGAAUUUAUAUCUGCUGCGCCUGUUUUGGUUUUUUGCCUGUUUCUUUUUUUUGUUGUUGUUUUUUUUUCUAUUCCAGAGAAAUUACUGUUUCAUCUUCCUGCUACCACCAAACUUGUGUGAUUGUAUAUCCGCUUUCCCCACCAGGCUGAAAAUGUUCAACGUGGAUUAUCUUUUCCCCUCUGUGUGAUCAGAGCAGCUUGUCGUGAGUAAAGCUGCAAUAAAAGCUAUUUUUAAACUGGA